AUGAGUGUAAAGACAGAACUCGCGUACUUACGAGAUACGUACGCGUUUAAAACAUCAUCAUCAUCCGACGACGACGUUUCGACAGUUUUGGAUGUCUUAAAGACGACAAAGAUAAACGAAGACGACGACGACGAGAGGUGGUAUUCCUACGGUUACGAAAUUGUUCUGGAUAGAACGAUCGCGUACCCAGCCGGUGGCGGCCAACCCUCGGAUGUGGGGACGAUUUCGAUCGAUACGAAUACGCGUCGUUGGAUGUUUGAUUUCGAGGAGGUACGAAUGGACAAAGAGACCAAACAGGUGCUGCACCGCGGAACGUUUCGAAGAAGAAGGAACGAAGAAGAAGAAAAUGAUGACGACGUUUUUGACGUGGACGAAAUGAAAGGGAAACCGUGUUCGAUUGAAAUAGACGAAAAUGUUCGCAUGGCGCACGCGAAAAUGCACACCGCGGGGCACUUGUUAGACGUCGCGGUGGCGCUUAUUCCCGGAUUGGAGAAACUCGUCGCGACGAAAGGGAGUCACGGCGUCGCCGACGCGUACGUGGAGUAUAAAGGCAACGCGAGGACGUUUUCCGGCAUCGAAGACGACGACGAGAAGCUGAUACGACUGAUAAACGAACAUCUGGAGAAGUUAAUCGAACAGAACGACGUCGUCAAAGCGGAAUACUUAGCGUACGAGGACGCGAAACGAGCGUGCGGAGGGUCUUUGCCGAGUUACGUCUCGCCGGAUGCGGAAGAGUCUCCGCGCGUCGUCACCGUGGCCGGGUGUGGAUGUCCGUGCGGAGGGACGCACGUGAAAAGCUCGAAAGAGUUGAAGCGAGUCACCGCGGUUGGGUUUAGAGUGAAAAAAGGCCAGACCAGGAUUCGUUACGAAGUAGAUAUUUGA